CAUGCAGGACUAAGUGCGACUCUUUUACUUUCACUUGUUUACUUGACACGUUGGAGAGAAUAAAACAAAACCUGCAUACCCAAGAUUUUUUGUCGAGACAUGGCUUGUGCGAGUAGUCUACUGACUGAGGAACAAUUCCUUUGUUCUAUCUGUAUGGAUGUGUUCACUAAUCCUGCGGCUAUUCCUUGUGGGCACAACUUCUGUCUCCAAUGCAUCACUAACUAUUGGGACACCAGUAACAUAUGUCAGUGUCCACUGUGCUUAGAGCAAUUCUACAAAAGACCAAUGCUUCGGGUCAAUAUUUUCAUUGCUGAAAUGGCUGCAAAGUUCAAGAAAACAAUUGGAGAGAAAUCGUCUGGCAGUGCUGAGCAGCAAUGUGCCAAACCAGGAAGUGUGCUCUGUGAUAUUUGCCCCGGGGUAAAGCUCACAGCCCUGCAGUCCUGCCUGGUGUGUCUAAUGUCUUACUGUGCCACACAUCUGGAGCCUCAUCAGAGAAUUCCAGCCUUAAAGAAACACAAGCUGAUCAAGCCUGUGGAGAACCUGGAAAGCAGGAUGUGUAAGAAGCAUGACAAACUUUUGGAGCUGUUCUGCAAGGUGGAUGGAAUUUUUGUGUGCGAGUCCUGUAUUGACACCGACCAUAAAACUCAUGAAAUAGUGACUCUAGAGGAGGAGGUUAAAAUAAGGAAGACCCAGAUGGAAAUGACUCAGGAAAAGAUGCAUCACAUGAUCCAGGAGCGACAGCAGAAAAUUAAUGAAAUGCAACACUCAGUAGAAACCAGCAGAAAUAAUGCAGACAAAGCGUUGUCAUAUAGCACGGACGUGAUGAGUGCUUUGGUGCAAUACAUUAACAGAAGCCAGGCUGAACUCACUAAGGUAUUUGGGGCGAAGAAGAAAAAAACUGAAACACAGGCAGAGGAUUUCAUCAAAGAACUGGAGGGAGAAAUUAUGCAACUAAAGCAGGAAAGCGAGGGGCUUCAGCAGGUCCCUCUCAGUGAAGACCACUUCAAGUUCCUUGAGAGCUUCCCACCUCUCUCCAUGAUUUGGCCACGGACUAAAGACUGGUCUGAUAUAAAGAUUGACAGUGAGGAGUAUACUGUGGAGACAGCCGUGGCUCAACUGGAGAGGCUGGUCAUAAAAGAAAUUAGGAUGCUGUGUGAUCCUGACUUGAAUAAAAUGCAGCAGCACGCUGUGGAUGUGAAUCUGGAUCCUGAGACAGCACACCCCUGUAUCACAGUGUCUGAGGAUGGGAAACAAGUCCGCUAUGGAGACACAAAGAAGAAACCCCUGGUCAAACCACAGAGGUUUGAUAAUGUCCUUAAUGUCUUGGCAAAAGAGGGUUUCUCCUCAGGGAAAUUUUAUUAUGAAGUGCAGGUUAAAGACAAGACACAGUGGGACUUAGGCGUUGCGAAAGAGUCCAUCAACAGGAAGGGGGACAUAAGGCUGAGUCCAAACAAUGGGUACUGGACGGUUUGGAUGAGGAAGGGAAGGGAGUACACCGCCAAUGCAGGCCCUGCUGUUAUCCUGCCUCUAAGACAGAAGCCCCAAAAGGUCGGGGUGUUCGUUGAUUAUGAGGAGGGUCAAGUGUCCUUUUAUGAUGUGGAAGCACGGGCUCAUAUGUACACCUUCACCGGCUGCAACUUCACCGAGAAGCUCUUUCCAUUCUUCAGUCCCUGUGGUAAUGAUGGUGGCAAAAACUCUGCCCCUUUGAUCAUUACUCCUGUCAAAUACAGUGGGUAGCUUUUUCAGGGGAGACAGAUAGCUAAAGAGGGAGAGAGAUGGAAUGCAUGUAUUAGUGUGUGCAAAGGUGUUUAUCUGUGUAACUCCAGCCUGCCACCCUGUAUCUCCAAUCCAUCAGCAUCACAGAGACACCGACACCCAGUUGUAGAUCUCCACCAGUCAGACAGAGACCCCGUUCAGCCACCAGGACAUUCACUCCACACAGUCACACAUCUCUGUGGCAGACUGGUACAGCCAUAUAUCUCCUUGGAUUACAAAAAUACCUUACUUAUGACAGGGUAAAGCAGGCCAUUAAUUUUGAUAUGUUAAAGCAGCUUGUGCCUGCCAGGAUGUCUUUGCAACUACCAGACCUGAACCAAAAAGCAUUUGCAAAUUAUUCAUAGCAUUUAUUUUGGCCGAGCUGAAAUGUCACCUAGGUGGGCUUGACCAUAUCUGGAUUCAGUUAUCACUCAAUGUGUUAUCUUGGUAUUCAAAUCAGGUUAAAAAUAAACUUAAGGAUUAUUUACAAGUACCAUUUGACCCAGGUGGGAUAAACCCCCAAAAUAGAUUCCAGGACAACAGAUCUCAAGGUGGUCCACUCUACUGCACCUGCUAUGGAAAAUAAACCUGCAGUCUGGUGCAACACAGCAAUGUUAUUCAGAAUCAAUUGCAAGACAUUAAAGGACCACUAUUAUUAAGUUUUCAAGGAUUUGGAUCAAGUGUACUAUGCCUCAGGUAAAGAACAGUGUUCUUCAUAAUGUUUUGCAAGUAAAAGUAAGUUAAUUAGAGGGAUUCUUAUUGACCGGAUUUUAAUAUUGAGUCCUCAGGUAGAACAGCAACAAUACUGAACCCCUGACUGUCAAACAAAACCAGCCUCUAAUUUAAAUGAGAUAAUCCUGCUUAGUGGAGACCCUUAAGUUCAAAUUCUACAAAUCUGCCUGCUCUGAACGUUGGUAAUUGUUAAAUGAGAUUGUUUUGAUCACGUGAUAAUUUUUUGAUUAUGUUUCUGAUUGUGUAAAUAGUUUGCAUUGUUCCGAUAUAUGACAUGGGUGCAAUUUCACAGUAUGUUCAUCAGCACAUUACCACUUCUCUCUCACAUGAGCUUCUUCAUCUCUGCUGAUUGAACUGGAGUUAAAAGUAAAUCAUCAUAAAAGCGAGGAGAGUAAGA